AUGGAAUCCUUCUCUCUCGCUGCACAGCACGCAGGUGCUAUCAACCAUGUGCACAUCAUCCGCCUCGAUCCGACUACCGCGGCUGCGCUACGCGAGCUACGCAUCAUAGUGACGGUCGCCGUUGCUGGCUGGAAGGGGAGUCCACAUCGUCGACCGAAAAUUACUCAUCCAUCGGCAAUCCCAAAUGAGCAGCUCUCCCAACGAGCCACCGAAGCAUUAUUUCGCCCACCAUUACUAGAACCUUCGGUUGGAGAACGACAACGGCAACGCAGGAUUAGUCGAAAGAAAAAUGGCGUCCGAGUUAGCAGGCGUCUUCCCUCGCGAGGAACGGGGGAAUCUACGAGUGGCGGUAAACAGUAUUCGUUAAUACAAGCCCCCGAGUUCACAGAGGACCAUCCAUAUUGGGGUACCCUACGACAAUCGCAAAUACCCAAUAUGAAACCCAAGACGGCAACCUCAAUUGAAAACAGGCAGCUCUGUAGGGAUCGCACUCAAGCCCAAAUUGUUGAUAGUAGAAAUUAUUCAACUAAAAAGACGGAGCAUAGUAGCCAGAUUGCCGGUGGCCUACGGCGGAGGGGUAUGAGUACUGCAGCGCGGAAUCGAGGAAAGGCCCGAGAGAAAAGAUUUGGCCUUGCAGAUCCUCUCGUCUGGGAUGCAAUUAAUAGAUCACUAGUCCAGCAACGACAGUUAUCAACCUUAGUCAUACCAGAAGAGGAAGCGGUAGAGCAUUUUCAGUCGUCAGAAAUCCCUUCUCGAACUUCAAGCCAGCGCAAGGCCUUGAAUCGAUUUACAAGACAACUUGAGAAGUACGCAGAUGCCGCCGGAGCAGCUGGCAAGGCUCCGGUUAUGACGCCCACCGAUUCUGACUCGAAGAUGUCAUAUCAUACUGUCCAGCCCCUCUUACCAUAUCAGAAGGAAUUUCAAGCAGCUGGCCUUGCCGUAACAUCCGCAGAACAGAGCCGCAGGCCUCUGAUAAAACAUAGAAGCAAUGAAAAGCUUAUAAGUAGUUCGGCUAAGUACGUUGAAGCCUCUGUUCAAGUAGAUGGAGAAUUUGAUGGACAAGAUGAUGCCUUGAGCGAGCAAUCAGGCUCGAGCUCUGGGUCGUAUGUCGAGUUCACCCCAGCGGGUAAUCCGAUCGAGGCAUUACCAAGCCCAAAAUCCAAACCGAAGCGGAGAGGAAGCAUCUUGCCAUGGUUGAGAAAGAAGUCGCCAGCCAGGGAAAGCUACAGCAGCAGUCGAGUCAAGCCGCAAUAUACACGUCAACCCACCAAGGAUAACCAGGUUAGCCACCGGGUAAAGACUAUAGAUUCUCAGCAGGCACGGCAUAACCAUUCUUCUCUCAGCCCUGGGACCCGCCCGUCUGGAUUGCGUCGUGCGGCUGCAUCGAAACCGAUUGCGUCCCCUACACGUCGUGAGCCAUCUGGUCGAAAGUUAUCGUGGGUCGGAGUUAAGCGCGGUGACCAUGCACGAUAUUCGGGAUCAAUGGCUCCACGAGCUGUUCCAGAACCCGGGACGAUGCAACCAUUAGCACAUACUGGUCUACGCAAGCGGGAUGUGGCCAUGGCUCGUCUCCCUCUCCCCGAAACCAUCGAAGAAGAAAAGGAAACACUGCCGACUCGCGUACACCAGGAAAAGAUUCGGGUAUAUCCCCGCCCUGAAACCAUCAGAGAAGGAAAGGAAACAUCGCCGACUCGUGUACAUCAGGAAGAGAUUCGGAUAUAUCCUCCCCCUGAAACCAUCAAAGAAGGAAAGGAAAAAUCGCCGGCUCACAUAGGCCAGGAAAAGAUUCAGCUAUAUCCCCUCGCUAGAUCAAAAAAUACUCCAGUUCCCGUCACCAAAAUGAGUCAUCGUAAUCGUAGCGUGUCGCCACGGACAUCUCCUUCCACAGUUCCUUCGCUGCCAUCUGCGGCGCGGUAUGCUGUUAGCCGGACUUCCUCUUUAGAGCGGGCGUUGGAUGAAGUCUCUCAGAAGCUCGAGAAGUUGGAGCAGGAAGCCGAUAAAUCGACUCAGUUAUACAGCCGCCCUCCAACUUUGGUAGAUAAGACGAAUCAGAAGCGACACUCACCUCGUCGCUCUAAUUAUUACGCUUCCGGGAUUACUCCCACACGCCGGCCUAGAUUAAACGAAGAGAUCCUCUUCGUAAACCGGAAGAUGCCACCCAUUAAAUCGCCCAAGUCGAUGCCAAAGAAGCAGUCACCGUCCUUACCUGAGCCUACUCGGGAGCCACCCGCUCCACCGCCGAAACAGCCAACAUCCCAUUCCUCAAAGGAAAAGACGCUACCUACGAUACCUCAGACCGGGGACAUUUUAAAGGAUUUGGACGUAUUCUUCGAUUACGAGGACGCAAAUAUCAGCGACAGAGACGUCAUCAAGGGUCUUCAAGUAGCUAUACACGCGGCAGCCGAUAAUGCGUAUGAUUCGCUGAUACGGACAAAAACUGGAUUGAGGAUUCGACGGUUUCUAGCGGAUCUAAGAGCGGUCGGUGAAAUGCAAGACGAAGACCCAGUCGGUCGGUGUGCUAAAGAGUGA